AAACAGCAGCGUGUUUAGUGUAACAUCUUGUUUCAUGAAAGUUUGUUGUUGGACAUUUGAAGGUAGUGAAAGUGAAAUGUGUGCCCUGGCGGAGCUUCCGGAGCAGGAGGACUUCACCGUGUUUGACGGCUCUUCCCCGGAGGACGUGUCUCACGCCCGGCAGCUGUGGAGCUCGCUGUCCCUCCUGCCGCCGCUGGAGUCCCGGCUGGUGUCCGCAGACAUCCGCCAGAGGCUGCCGGUGUCCCGGCCGCACUGCAGCAGCAGCGCCGCCGGUCCCAGACACCCCGCCCCGCAGACUGUGCCUGAUCUCCGGCAGAGGCGGGAGGAGAGGCAGCGGUUCGCCGCCAUGGCCGAGCAGAGGAGGGAGAUCCUGGCUCUGCUCAGCAGGCAGAGGGACCAGAGGGUCCAGAAGGAGCUGCUGUCGGUGCACUUUAAAGCGAAGCUGAAGCUCGGAGAGAAGGUGGUGCAGGAACCUCCAGACUCAGACAUGGAGCUGGUGAAGCAGCUGCAGUAACAUCUGUGUGCAUGUUUUGUUUUCCAGGAGAAACUUUAAUUAAAUCGGGCAAAUCA